AUGCCCAGACAUUUCUAUAUAAAAAAAUCAAAACUGAUUGUCCCACUAGAAGCUAUUACACUCCCAAAUGUUUACCAGGAAGAAAUACAGAGAAGGUAUCUGGAUAUAUUGGACUCUGAGAAACAUUUGAAACCAUUAGAAGAUUUACCAUGGUGGCAAAGAGCGCAAAUAGAAUCUAGAUUUAUCAAAGAUAAGAAAAUUGGAUUUUAUAAAAACUUGUUAGAGAUUGAAAAGAUUAUUAUACCCAUGGACCUAAAACUUAUACGAAGACUUUAUGUACUUUUAAUUGAUUAUUUGCUCUUGGAUGAGAUAGUGAAAGGGAAUAUGAUUCAAUGGGCCCAGAAUAUAGGGCAUAAUAUUAACUUGGAGCAGUGGGACCAAAUAUGGAAGAAAAACAUUAAGAUUACUAAAGCUAUUUCUUAUAAAGAAAAUGUUUAUAACAUGUUUAAUAGAUGGUAUGUAACACCUGAAAGGUUAGAUAAAAUUGACUUAAAAUGUUCCAAUAAGUGUUGGAAAGUGGAAGCUCUUCAUUUGGGAACAUUAAUGGCUGCCUAUGGAUAUUUCUUUCCUAUCUCAGACCAUGUUCUAACACUGAAGGAUGAUGGUACCUUUUACCGGUUCCAAACACCUUAUUUUUGGCCAUCCAAUUGUUGGGAGCCGGAAAACACAGAUUAUGCGGUUUACCUCUGCAAGCGAACAAUGCAAAACAAAGCACGGCUUGAGCUAGCAGACUAUGAAGCAGAGAGCUUGGCCAGGUUACAACGAGCAUUUGCACGGAAAUGGGAGUUUAUUUUUAUGCAAGCAGAAGCACAAGCAAAAGUGGACAAGAAAAGGGACAAGAUAGAGAGGAAAAUCCUCGAUAGCCAGGAGAGAGCAUUUUGGGAUGUACACCGGCCAGUGCCUGGAUGUGUAAAUACUACUGAAAUGGAUAUUAAAAAGUCUUCUAGAAUGAGAAAUCCUCACAAAACAAGGAAGUCUGUCUAUGGAUUACAAAAUGACAUUCGAAGUCACAGUCCCACACACACACCAGUGCCAGAAACUAAACCACCCACAGAAGAUGAAUUGCGUCAAGAGAUAAAGUAUUGGCAAAUACAGCUAGAUAGACAUCGGUUAAAAAUGUCAAAAGUUGCAGAAAGUCUAGUACUUUACACUGAGCAGUAUGUGGAAUAUGACCCAUUUCUAGUGGCACCUGACCCGUCUAAUCCCUGGUUGUCAGAUGAUACCACUUUCUGGGAAAUAGAAGCAAGUAAAGAGCCAAGUCAGCAAAGGGUAAAACGAUGGGCCUUUCGCAUGGAUGAAGCCCUGAAAGACCCUGUAGGAAGAGAGCAGUUCCUUAAAUUCCUGGAGUCUGAAUUCAGCUCAGAAAAUCUGAGGUUCUGGUUAGCGGUAGAAGAUUUGAAAAGGAGACCAAUACGGGAAGUCCCUGCCAGAGUCCAGGAAAUCUGGCAAGAAUUUCUUGCACCUGGAGCCCCGAGUGCCAUUAACCUAGAUUCAAAAAGUUACGACAAAACCACACAGAAUGUGAAGGAAGCUGGCCGAUAUACUUUUGGUCAUGCUCAGGAGCACAUUUACAAAUUGAUGAAAAGUGAUUCAUAUCCUCGUUUUAUACGAUCCAGUGCCUACCAGGAACUACUACAGGCCAAGAAGAAGUUUGGAAACACAAUGGAUCGCCGGACGUCUUUUGAAAAAUUCACACGCAAUGUGGCAUUACAGACGCCAAGGGACUCGCUAACCUUUCGAUGCCUCCAUUUUGAAAACUCUCUGCUCACUUUCGCCUUCAUAUCAAGCUGGAUCUGUCUCUUUUUAUUUUCUGCAAGUUCAAGUACAGUGAAAAAAAGCUUCCGUCAGGCACAGUUUAUUUACAAUACUGUCAGUCACAAACUGGAAGAUGUGUAAAACAAAUUUGAAUAUAUUCAUAAAUAUACUUACU